GCCUACAAGGCCUAUCGCGUGCAAGCUAUUCUCUGGCAGUUGGCUUACUCGUUUCAGUUCGUGACCGGGAGAGGUUUUCGCAGUGCUGUGUUAUUUUAAGUGGUAUCCUGUUAAUCUACUUGUGAGCUAAAUUUAAGACGUGAUUUUUUAACGAUGGCGAGUGAAGAUAAGAAGGAAACGGUUGCCGAAACCAAAGAAGUCAAGGAGGAAACUACCCCUACCGAAAAUAGCAAAUCCGAAACUAAGGAUAAGGAUAUCGAUACGUCGGCUCCACCGGCGGAGCCCGCACCGCCGAAACCCACGGUUAAAAAAGUAAAUUACGAAAAAGAUGUGGUUUAUUUGUACCAGUUUCCCCGUACAUCAGUCAUCCCAUCAAUUUCCCCGUAUUGUUUGAAAGUGGAAACUUGGCUCAGACUCGCCGGCUUGAAGUAUGAGAAUGUGGACCACAAAGUCAAACACAGAUCCAAGAAAGGACAACUCCCAUUCGUCGAAUUGAACGGAGAAGAAAUCGCGGAUAGCUCAUUCAUUAUCAAAGAGUUAGGAAAGAAAUUCGGCAAAGACUUAGACGCAACUCUUACCAACGAACAAAAAAAUAACUCUCACGCUCUGAUCUCCAUGAUUGAAAAUCACUUCUUAUGGGUUAUGCUGUGGUGGAAAACGAAGAAUCCCGAUGACUUUGUAAAGGGUUACAAAUUGAAUCUGCAGACAAUCUUAAACUCAAAAAUGCCCAUUGCUUUGCUAAAUAUCUUCUUCAAAUUCAGUUAUUGCCGCAAAGGUGCCAAGAAAGCAAAAGCACAAGGUAUUGGUGUGCACACACCAGAAGAAAUCAUUGACUUCGGAAAGAACGAUUUGAAAGUAUUGACAGAUGUACUAGGAGAAAAACCAUAUUUCUUUGGAAAUGACCCCACAACUCUUGACGUUGUUGUGUUCGCCAACCUAGCUCAGCUUUACUUCUUGGACUCAGAAAUCAAGAACCCUCUCCGUGAAUACCUGAACGAAUCUUGCGCCAACUUGGUGGGUCAUGUGAAUAGGAUGAAAGAAAGGUGUUUCCCAGAUUGGGAUGACAUUUGCACAAACUUGGACCUGAACUCACAUCUCCCAAAGCCACCCCCUGAGGAGAAAGACAAAGCAAAGGAAGGCGAAAAGAAAGCUGAAAAAGAAGCUGAAAAUGGAAAAGAGAAAUCCGAGAAGGAAAGUGAAAAAGAACCUGAAGAUAAAGAAAAAGAGAAAGAUGCCAAGUGAAUAAAUGUCAUGACGAAGUUCCUUCCCCCACCACUGCUAAAUUUCAAAUGGUCAUCAUAAGAUUUGGCUACACGACUGAGUGUUUUUUUAGCAUAGUCAUUUAUCUGAAUUUUUAUGUUUGUUUUGACAUUUUCAUUGUUCUCUUCUACUCUUAAGUAUAGCUUUAAUUAUCUGUAUUUGGUAUUUGUUGUGUUCUUCAACGUCAAAGUUCAUUCAAGUCAUUGCGAUUGCAUUUCUUUUACUUUUCCCUCAGCCAAUGUUCCAGCCAAGUGAAUCAUUCCCAUUUUAUUUAUCUCGCUAACAUCACUCAGUGCCUCGUCAUUUGUAAAUUGAGCUGUUCGCCUCUCCUCGCACUUCCUGCUUCCGCUAUCUCUUCUCCUCAUCCUGUCUCCUCACGAUUCCCUCAAGCUCUGACCUGGAAGCAUCUCACAUUCUCUCGGAGAAGACUAAUCAGCAAUUUUAAUUUCUACUUAAUUUUUUUACAAUUUUAACAAUUAUUUUCCUCACCAUGACACGAUUAAUGCUAUCAAUUUUAUCAUAAUUUGUUAAGUAAUUUAAGUUUUUCUAUUGAAUUUUAUACGCUUUUAUCCAAAUUUGUCAGGAGUUGUCAGAAAUAGGGCCAGGUGUUUUCCCUGUUUUUGGUCCUAGGGUACCAAGCGAAAAAUUCUCAUGGUCUCGUCCUUUCCGAACACCACCAUCCUAUCAACUUGCUUCUGUUCUUUUUUUCGAAUGCUUCGUCCUUAAAAUUUCAUUGUGGCUCCUAGGUAAUUUUGACGAUAUUUCACAGCGGAUGAAAAUUGAAUUUUUAAAGUGGUGUGAGGGUAUCGGGGACCAUAAAAAUUAAUUUAUCGUGUUUUUUAAUUUUUGUAAUUUGAUAAAUUUAUAAAUGAAUAUACAUUUAUUUGUAAGUAUUUAAAUGUAUAAAUAUGAAGUAUUCUUUUGCAUUUAUUAAAAAUAGCAAAGCACAACUUCUCAUUUUAUUUUAAAACUUGUACAUUUUUAUUACUUCUUUGCUAUUGCACUUACAACCCUCAACCCUUCCUCUCUCCCUGCCCCUUUUUUAACGUUUAUUUUUAUUUUUCAUUCAUCUUUCAUCAAGAUUGAGACAAGAAAAAACUUUAUUCGCUUUAUUUGUAGGUUUAUUGUAUUUAGUGUUUAUACAAUUUCAUUUCCUUACUCAGAUCAUUAUAAAAUUAUUUCAAUUACAUUGUAAGUAAACUUUGACUUUAUGUAUUGUGUGCAACAAAUUUUGAGUUAUUAUUCCUAAUUUUAUACAUAUAUUUUUCUCUAGUUCUCCUAUGGUUUUUCCUUUUUUCUUUUUUUUUUUUCGUCUCUCACUUUCGGCGCCAAGCCGAGAUCCUCUUGGCUCUUAAUUCUUUACAGGUUUAUCCUCUGUUCAGAUUAUAGCUUAUUUAUUUCUAUUUUUUAAUUAUCCCCUUAUUCAUUUAUAAGUGGCGCCAUAAUAUAGCAACCUGGAAUUUGUAUAUAUAUAAAUAUAAAUGUUAAGGCUAAAAAUGUUGUUCAAGUGAUGACAGCAGUGUGCAGUAAACAGUGCCACGGAGUUGUUUUGAUUUAUGCUUCUAAGCUCUUACGUAUUGUUCUGCGCGACUUAUUAGCACGAAUCAAAUAUUUAGAAUCAUUCUAAUGUACAAAAAAUAGAGAGGCGCACAUUGCUGCCAUGAUUUAUCCUUUUUCGUAAAGGUAGUAACUGAAUACUCAUCUACGUUCGUUUCCUGAUCUGAGCAUUUUCUUUCUUUUUUCAAAGUUUCGUUUGUUUUUUUGAAAGCCUUUACUUUUUUUCUUCUCUUCUUUUUUUCUGUAAUUGUGGUGAGCCAGCAAAUCCGUGAAAAUAAAUGUUUUAAGUACUUUGUUUAUGCUUAUUAAAUCUAUAUAAAUGCUUAGUAUUUAUCUUCAAAAGAAAAAAUAGUCGCAUGAACAAAAUUCUCUGAUUAUAUCUCGUGAUCAUGACAAUUUACGAUAGAUUUUACCAUCUUUUGGAAACUGAAUAAAAUUCAAUGCUAAAUAA